ACUUAAGGUCGCAUAGCUAGGAAGCCACUGCAAGAGAGGUGUCACUGAAAGCUAACCCAGGAUGGACAAGAAAUGCAGCAGAGAGGAGUCGAGCUGGCUGGAGGUUGAGUUGGCCUCGCCGUGCACGGCGAAGAAGGCGGAGAAGGCGUCCAUCGUCAACCCCAGGCGACGGAGCUCCGCGGCGAAUGCCGUGGCGCUGGCCUUGAUCAUGACGAUCCCGCCCAUCCUUUUCAUCUUCAGCGGCCGCCUCGACGCGCCGGCGGUGUGGAUCAAAUCCACCGUGGCCGGCUUAGCUGCAGAAUCAUCCAAGAAGAAAGACAUGCUUCUUGGGGGCCUUCUCCUUCCAGGAUUGGACGAGCAAUCCUGCGCCAGCCGGUACCAGUCCGUCUACUACCGCAAGAACAUGACACGCUCGCCGACACCGUAUCUCAUCGACCGGCUGCGGCAGCAGGAGGCGCUGCAGCGGCGCUGCGGUCCAGGCACCGACGCGUACCGGAGAGCCUCCGACAGGCUGAAAUCCGGGGUAAAGGACGUCGACACCAUCGACGGCUGCAGCUACCUCGUGCUGCUGUCUUACCGGGGCCUCGGCAACCGGAUACUCGCCGCGGCCUCGGCCUUCCUCUAUGCCAUGCUCACCGACCGCGUGCUGCUCGUCGACCGGGGCAAGACCAUGGGCGACCUCUUCUGCGAGCCCUUCCCGGGGACCACGUGGCUGCUGCCCCUCGACUUCCCGCUCCAGGGCUACAAGGACCUCGGCGAGGACGCGGCGGAGAGCUACGGCAACGUGACUACGCUGCGCAACGAGACCGGCGGGUCGUCGUCGGAGCACCGGUUCGUGUACAUGCACCUCGACCACGCCGCGUCCGUCGAGAACAAGCUCGCCUACUGCGACGACCACCGGCAGUUCCUCCACCGGGUCCAGUGGGUGGUCAUGAGGACGGACGGCUACAUUGCGCCCAUCCUCUUCCUCAACCCGGCGUACCAGCAGGAGCUCCACCGGAUGUUCCCCCGGAAAGACUCCGUCUUCUACAUCGUCUCGCGGUAUCUUCUCCACCCGACGAACGACGUCUGGGGCAUGGUCACGCGGUUCUACGACUCCUACCUCAAGAACGCCGACGAGCGGCUGGGCAUUCAGAUCAGGGCCUUUGUCAAGGACGACAAGCCGGUCCAGCACAUCUUGGAUCAGAUCCUCGCGUGCACCUCUCAAGAGCGACUCCUGCCGGGGGUGCUGCCAAGCGCCGGAGGAGCACCGCCCCCGCCGACGACGACGGCCGGCGCGCGGUCCAAGGCCGUCCUCGUGACGGGCCUCAACGGGUGGUACCACGACAGCAUCCGGGAGAUGUACUGGCGGUCGGCGAGCGCGAACGGGGAGGUGGUGAGCGUGCACCAGCCGAGCCGCGAAGAGCACCAGCGUAUGUUCCACCGGAUGCAAGACAUGAAGGCGCUGGCCGAGAUGUACCUGCUGAGCAUGACCGACAAGAUCGUCACCAGCGGCUGGUCGACGUUCGGAUACGUCGGCACCGCUCUCGGCGGGCUCACGCCAUACAUCAUGUUCAAGCCGGAGGACCAGAACCCGAAGGUGCCCGACCCGCCGUGCAAACGGGCGAUGUCCAUGGAGCCGUGUGCUCAGGGGCCGCCAUACUUCGAGUGCACCAGGAAAGAAGUCGACAAACUCCUCGACACUAGUAAUCUGGUGCCUCAUGUCCGGGCUUGCGAAGACAUGUCUUGGGGUCUGAAGCUCACUGAGCCGAUCUCCGAGAAGGAUGUGUAGAAUUUUCGAUCACAGCUUACACCGUAAUUCGUGAGAAGCAUGUUUUUCCGCAGGGUGGUGGAGAGAAAGUGCCGCAAAUAAACAAUGCAAAUCAUGAUACUCUC